AUGAAGGCUAUCAACUCGCUUGCAUCCAGCUCCAUCUACCUGAUGAACAGCAUGGUUAUCGAUUAUGCCACCAUCUCGAAGGGUAACACUCCUUCCAUUGCAAGGGCAUUCGUCAUCAUCUCUGACAACGACAAACGCGAGUUCUUCACCAAGUCCAUGUCUGAGAUCAUGCAGUCGCCCUUAUUCAGCUGCAAAGCUUUCUUCCUGUUCGUUCUGACCGAACAGCUGCACGGUUUCCCCGGCAACGCCGAAGAGAUCUUAAGACGGUGUUGGACGAGAUAUGAAGCGUUGCACUGCGUUCUUCUCUCCAGCCACGGGCGUGGUGCUGAAACGAGUUCAGACGUGCAGGCGCUGAGCUUCAACCCGUUCGAACCGAAUGGGUCGUUCACACAGACAUCUAUGAGAACUUCACAGGAAGUCGGAGGUCUUUUCAGCGAGGUCUUACCAGACGUGAACGGCUACCCGCUGGUGGUUUCUUUCCCAAACUUCCCUCCGUUCGUGAGCAGGCACGCAUCGAUAGACGGACACAACGAGUUCAGCGGCAUGUUCUACAAUUACAUCAACAUCUUCUUCGAGAAGUACAACUUCACGUUCACGGAGCGCUCGGGCGGGAAGCCGGAGGACGCGGGUCGCUGGUGCACUCCGGAGUCGUACGGGAGGGAGUUCGACGUGUUCGGGUUUCCGGACGUGAUGUCGUCGCCGCAGCAGCUGAGGUGCUCCGCGUACCCCAUGCUGAUCUGUCCCUUCGCGGUGAUAGUCCCCGCCGCCGAGGAGUUGCCCCGGUGGAUGAACUUCGCUCUGCCGUUCACCUGGGGCACCUGGGCGGCGUACCUGGGGUUCCUGUCGUCGACGGUCGCCGUCUGCAAGCUGGUCCAGUGGUCGUGUCCCUCGCCAGCCCGGCAGCUCGACGGCUUGGAGAUGUUUCGGGCGAUGCAGGUGGGAAACAUCCUGCACGUCCCGAAGACCAACUCCCUCAGAAUCUUCCUGCUGUCCGUCAUCCUCUUCAGCAUCAUAUUCAACAACGCCUACACGGGUUCCUUCCACUCCCACAUGAUGCUGCCCGAGUACUCCGAAGACAUAGACACCGUGGAGGAGCUCACGUCCCGGGCCGUCAUGAUCGGCGUGCCGCUGAGCUUCGAGGACGGCGUGCAGUUCAACUUCGGCCUGCUGGACGACGCCAUCGCCGACGACGACCCCUUCAUGAUGAGGCUGGUGGAGCUGUUCGUGCCGGUGGACAGCACCCGAGCAGCCCUCGGCUGGGCCAAGACCUGGAGGAACGCGAGCGUGGCCAGCGCGCGGACGUACGCCGAGUACCUGGUGAGCCUGGAGGAGAACCUCAACAACCGGCAGCUCCUCCACAUCAUGGACGAGUACAUCACGAUGAUCAUCGUCUACGUGAAGACCCGGCUGGACUUCCCAUUCGUCGACCAGCUCAGCUCCACCCUCCAGCUCAUUCAGCAGAUCGGCGUGGGGGUCAAGAACUACCGCGAGCUCAUAUCCACUUUCGGGAAACACGGCAAAAAACUGAGCUUGGGAGAGAACGACACGCCCCUCUCCUUGAAACAUCUGCAGUAUUUCUUUAAGAUUCUAUUGGCUGGCGCAGCUGUAAGCACGUCCGUGUUCCUGACCGAAAAUUUUGUAUCUUGGCAGCAGAAGCGCUUUCUUAGAACGAGAAAUCUCCCAGUAAUUUCAGUUAAAAAUCAUCUGCAAGUGAAAUAG